AUGGGCGACCCUGAGUGCAGCAGCUGGGACCCCAGGGCUGGCGGGGACCUGCCUGCGAGUCUGCUGAGCCCCCCGGGCAGCCCCCGUCUUCUCAUCCCCUGUGCAGGUGUCCUCUACGCCAGGAGCUCCCCUCGGGCUGGCCCGUCUGGGCUGCAGGCGCUGCAGGCUCCUGCCCUGGCCGGGGUCCUCACUGCCUCAGGGGACUCCAGGGACUCCACGGUCCCUUUGUGGGGUUCCUCCUCCUUCCAGGAGGAAAUGGGGGAGCCUCCACCCGGCCCCAGCCGGCCUCAGCACAGCACCGCGGGGAGCUGGAGCUCAAGCCCUGCCCCUGCGAUGGAGACUCGGGGGUUGGGGGUGCCCUGCAGCAUUUCCAGGGGGCCCCUGAGGCUCCCUGACAGCCUCUGCAAAGCCCGGUCCCCGGCUCUCAGCCCCUCCACCUCCCAGCCUUCCUAUCCCCCACCCCAUGGUCUCUCAGUCUCCAGCCCUUGCCCCACGGGGGCUGCACCCGGAGCCCCAGGACCCUUGGCUCAGAUGUAA